GGGCACGCUGCGUCUGCGGCAAGGGCGAUUGAGCGAAGGAAUGGUUCAAAGAGCUGGUGCUAUGGACUAGAGAGUGGCAGUGUUCUGGCUGCGCAUACUCGUUCGCGGUCGAGUGUGGCUAUGGCAGAGCUCGUGUCCCUGGGUGCUCGAGAGACUAUCAGGUGGCGAGACGACGCGACAAUCACGCUGUUUGCUCAAGGGAAAUGGCUGGCAAUCUCAGAUGCUGGCUUUCCAGAGAGCACAAGGCAAACAAGACCCCCAGCCAAGGCCAUGGACCUUGUUGUGCCUUUGCGAAAUACCCAAGACUUGCACUGCCCCGAUGCCAACCUCGAGCGCUAA